ACGUGUACGGCAACUGACGCUUGUGCUGACGACCGCAAUGCGUUGUCGUGUUCUUCACGUGUUUUUCAUGAGUCUCGUGUUUUAUCUCCCGUGGGCAAAAGGUGGGGACCCCUCAAGAGAACGGGCAAUCUUGAAUCGUCUCCUUAACUCAACGUAUGAUGCGACGAUUAGACCCGAGGCAGCGGAAGGCAAAGCAACACAGGUGCUGGUGGACAUGACCUUGACCUCGCUUGGACCUGUGAAUGACAUUCAUAUGGAAUUCAGCGCCAGUUUCCUCCUCCGUCAGGAGUGGCGAGAUCCACGCUUAAAAUAUGACGAUCUAAAUAAAAGUAUCGUUAUCAGUGAGAAACGUCUGGACUCGCUGUGGGUGCCUGACCUGUAUUUCCCCAAUUCCAAACGAGCAAGCAGACAUGAAAUCACAAUCCCAAAUAUCUUGAUUCUCCUGUCUCCUGACGGAACCAUUUUGUACUCGCAAAGGUUGUCUGUGACUUUAGAAUGUCCAAUGAACCUCAUCAACUUCCCCAUGGAUAAGCAAACCUGUCACAUCGACAUGGAAAGUUACAGCUACACGUCAACAGAUCUCUACUACGAAUUUUCGACUGAACGGGAUGCUGUAGAAAGACGCCCUGGGUUACAGAUUCCGGACUUUCUAAUAACCGGUGUGACACUGGGGACUUGUCAAAACAAAUACGUUACCGGAGCGUACACGUGUCUCAGGGCUGACGUCAGUAUAGAACGAGAGAUCGGCUUCUACGCUACACAGACCUACGUCCCCAGCAUCCUCAUCGUCGUGUUGUCCUGGGCCUCGUUCUGGAUCGACCACGAGGCAGUUCCCGCCAGAAUCUCCGUGGGGCUCCUAACAGUGCUCACCAUCACCACCCAGAGCUCAGGUGCGCGCGCACAACUUCCCAGGGUUCCUUACGUGAAGGCCAUCGACGUGUGGAUGUCGGCGUGCCUGGUGUUUGUGUUUGCCGCCUACAUGGAGUAUGCUGUCGUCACGGUGAUGUUCCGACGACACAAGAAGGUGCUGAAACAGGACGAUUCAUUAUAUAAGUGGGGCUGGCCGAAAGUGUACUUGUGUUGGCGCGGUGUGGUUGCUGUCUAUCACGUCGCUAUGAUCAUCCUGUCGGGGCUGACGGACAGGUACAACUGGACGAGGACCGAGGAGGACAAUGUCAAGUGGUUCAUCUACCUCACCAACUGGAUGUUCUUCCUCCUCACGUUGUGCACUAUCAUUGAAUUUGUGGCUGUGGGAUAUUGCUACCUAAUGAGAAAAGACAUCAUUAAUUGUGAAGUCAAUCGGAUGCCGUUGUUUCUCAAAGUGACCUGGGUUUGGCAAAACCUCAGCAACACCGUCAGUGUGUUGGUGUCAAUACUGUUCUGGGGGCUACUAUAUACCCCGGGAAGUGACAUAUCGAAUGUUGACUACAUCACCCACGCCGGCAACACCAUAUACGUCAUCAUCAACCUAUGUAUCACAGCAUCUCCAGUCAGGUUUCUCCACUUCUUCCAUCCCUUCAUCGUGGCGGUCACCUUCGUCAUCUUCUCCGCGGUAUACCAGGCUGCAGGCGGAACCAAUGGCUUGGGCUACAGUGCUAUAUACUCUGUGCUAGACUGGUCCAGUGAUCCAGGCAGUGCUGCCAUGUAUGCAUGUAUCUGUAGCUUUAUUGGGGUGCCUUUUAUUCAGUUUGUGAUUUUGUUGAUCUCCAUGCUAAGGGGGACUUUGUUUGACAUUAUCCUGGGAAGAUCUAGACACUCUGGUGCCGAUCCAGUUGGGAUGGAAAACGGUAUAGAUUUGACCAAAAGAUCACACAACAAUCAAGACGUUGUGUAGGCAAAAGGUUUAUGUGGAGAUAUGUAAUUAUCCGACAGGUAUCUUGAGGGUGUGGAUGAAACAUUUGCUAAAAAUGUUUGUUUUUUUAAAUAAUGACACCUUAAUUGUUAAUGUUGUUUUUUCAAUAUGAAAUCCAUAACUCAAUCUUGUACUUAACUAUACUGCGGCUCAUUAUGUCAAUCACUGGAUUGUCUGGUCGAAAUUAUUUACAGACCGCCGCCACAGAGCUCGGAUAUUGCUGAGUGCGGUGUUAAACAACAAACAAAGUAUACUGUGGCUUCUACGUGCUACUUAAAGAGCCGCUGUGCGUGCAAUUAAACCAAAGUGUUAAGAACUUGAUGAAAGGGUCAGAAGCAGGCGAAUAAAUUCAGUUGUACAUUAAGAUCUUUUUGGUGCAUUUAUUAAAGAAAUGAAACAAAAAAGUGUACUAUAUAUGUGAAACACCAGGAGAAAAGACGUUUGACGUCAACUUGUGCCAUGUGAGGGGACUGUACAAAAAUUAUCAAUUUUUUCUGUCGAUAGUUCGUAAUGUAAUAGACCGACUCCGUGGUCUAGUGGUAGAGCGUCCGCCCGGAGAGCGGAAGAUGCAAGGUUCGAUCCCCGACCGCGU